ACGGCAAUCAGAUCUCUUCGCCAGUUUACGAAGUUUAUAUUAUGCCGCAGAAAGUUCUCAGACAGUUGUCUGCUCAAGUGCCAGAGAGCACACACGCUUUCCGCCAAUAGAACUCUCACUCUUUUCACACAGGCGCUGAUGAAAGGCGCCUUAGAGAUCGUCUGCAUACUUUUGCACCUGAAAAGGAUCCACACGCAUGCGCGACUUUGUCUGUGUGUUCGCUCCGUUCGUUACUCGGUUUUGUUAUCUGAGUUCAACCAUCGGGCGAAUGAUAUUGAGAGCGCGUGAGGGGGAGAGAAAGGUCGCACUUUGGUUUUGAAGCUUGCUCGGAUCAGUCGUUCUUGUGCGGCUGAAGUUAACAGUGAUAUUUAGGGAUUCAGAGUCCAGGAUUGUGGAAAUAAUGAUCGCAGCCUUCCUCUUGGAACUUAUUUCUUGGAGCUAAUACAUUAUUGUUUAUACUUUGAAACAACUAAACUGUACUGAUAUAUCCUCUGUCAUCAUGAAGUACACGACGUCAACGAUGAGCGCUAUGCUCUUGAUCGUCUUCCUUGUCCUAUGCCAAGUACUUGAUCCCACCGCUGCCGUCGGUUGUAUCCGACCACCGUCCUGCGACACCGAUGAGGAGGCCGGCUUUGCCAGCAUGCUCUGUGGUCAGCGACGUCUGAACUGCAUUCCCCAGGAGCAGCACCACGCGCGCUUCCUGGACAUGCACGGCAACAGGCUCACCAACCUCCUGCAGGACGCCUUCAGGCAAUUCUACAACCUUGAGAGACUCGAUCUGAGCUCGAACGAGAUUGCCUCCAUCACACCCGGGGCAUUUUCGGGACUUCACAACCUCACGAGUCUGAUCCUGAAGAGCAACAGGAUCGAGAGCAUCAGCGCCAGUACUUUCUCGGGUGCAGCCAAGUUGGAGACCCUGGACCUGUCCAGGAACAACAUCUCCAGGAUCACGGUUGGAGCGUUUAAUGGUCUGAGCCAACUCAGGACGCUGUACCUCAAUGAGAACCAAUUGAUGUGGUUAAGACCUGGUAUGCUUCAGGGUCUCCCAAGACUAGCCCUCUUAUCCAUCCACAGCAAUGGUAUAAGCACCGUCGAUGCAGCGGCCUUCCGAGGACUUACCCAUCUCCGUGCUCUCCAACUGAACAACAACCACAUCGCCACCAUGGGCAACAUCUUCGUAUCCUUGCCAUCACUGUCCACUUUAUGGAUCGGUGAGAACCCGCUAGAGUGUGACUGUCGGGUGGAGUUCCUCAGGAGGCUUUUAGUGCCACAACAGGCUGGUGCUGGUCUCCUGGCUGUAAGACACCCGGUGAUCUGCAGUGGGCCUAAUGUCAUGAGGGGUCUCGAUAUGCGGUACGUCAAGGAUGCUCUCCAAUGCACCAAGCCAAUCUUCAAGAGGGAAAGGUUCCAGUAUCUUAUUGCCAAAGGACAGGACAUCUCAAUGACAUGCGAUGCUUCAGGUAUCCCUCUCCCGGCCUUGUCCUGGGUGAGCCCUAGGGGAGAACCCAUCCCCUCCAUCACAGCCAGUACAGCCAACCUGAACUACGCCCAUGCCCCUCGCAUCAGCGUCCGAAGCGAUGGGUCUCUCAACAUCCGCCACGCCCAGCUCAAUGACGGUGGCAACUACACCUGCCUGGCACAGAACCCCGGUGGUCAAGCAAUGGCCGAAAUUCGAGUCACCGUGGUCAACGAACUCCCAAAGCCAACCCUUGAUGCUCCAAGGAAAACGACCCCAGAUAUGUGGCCCAAUGGUGGCGGUGACCCUGCGGGCAACGAACCAUUGGGAGGUUGGCCGAAGCAGGAGCGUCCACCGUUCGCGUGCAUACCGGAGCGAUCCCGGGCGUGUGAUUCUGCAACAGGUGUGGUCGUAACGGCCAUCGUGACUUUUCUGACGACCCUUAUAACCUGCGUGGUCGUCUUUUACCUUUGGUAUCGUAAGCAAACAGCCAAGAUCCACUUCGCUUCAUCGCCAAUCCCGAAGACGCAGGGACCCCUCAACAAUCAGUCAUCGAUGAAACCGACACUUCGCCGCUUUAUUAACGCCAUCUCGAACCCUGCACACCUGUACGCCAAGCCCAAGCCCACGAAAAAGCAGCGCCAGGCCGGGUUCACCUUUCACAAAUCCAGCAACAAAGCGGACGAGGCAUGCAGACACAUUAUAGCCCCGCUGACAGAAAAGCCGUCUAUUCUCAGUCAAGGCAUUCCAGAAAUGGACGCGCCCCCGCCACCGCCCAUGACCGGAUUGAACCGGUCACACCCGAAAACAAGUGAACAGAAGAGGUUAAGCGUCGCGCGGGAACUGCUCCAAAACAGCGCCACUAUCUCGCGGUCUUCACACCUUUACGAGAACGCGACAGCUUUAAAUGAUGACCCGAACUACACAGCACUAGAUCCUAUGACGAGAUGUAUAGUCAACGACACCUACGUAUCUUAGAUUAGUUAUGACAAGAAAAUAGGUAUGAUUUUAUUUAUGAAGAACAAUCCAUAUAAGAUCACAACAUGAAGGAUUCUUUUGUCGUUAUCUAAGAAAAUCGAACAAAUCAAUGAAUGACUAUCGUCGCUCAUUUCAAUUGAGGGAAGUGGCGGAUAAAAUGGAUAGCUAGUAUGGUAUUUGAAUGGAUUUCGAAGCCUACUUGUCCUACGAAGACAUGAACGAAUUGCGGCAUUCGUCAAAACGAAAUCAAAGUUUUAUACAUGACCUGGAGAACUUGCAACAUUUUAAAUUUCAGGUGACUGUUUUUAUGAAAGUGAAGGAGAAAGAACUCCAUAUUUAGUCUCUAGGAACUCAAUGGUUGAUGGAAUGCUUGUGACUAAGCGAAUGAGACGGAAUACAGUUCAAUUUUCAAGGAACUAUUUUAUGAUCAUGGCUCUAAACGGCAUGCAGGCUAUGCAUGACAAGCAUGUAUUUUAUCGGUAGAAGUUUGCACCUGAAAAGAUAUCCACGCUUGGUGGAUCCAUGCAGGGAAAGGGGGUGGGCGCGGCGCAUAAUGCGAUACUCAAAUGCAUUUACCCCCACUGUCAGUGUUUGGAGUUGUUUCGAAAAGAUAUCCAUAUUUCAAAGAGUUCAUCACAUUCGGUAGACCCUCAGCUCCCCUACCUCUGCAAACCUAUCAUUUCUUCCACAGCAUGUUUACAACAUCAAUUAUCACCUGUCUGUGACGGACUCCUGCGCAUCCACUUUUAACCAGUAAUCACCAUCUGGACACUACGACAUACGUCACCUGGUACAUUUCCUUUAUUUUCCCUUUCUCCUCCCUCUUCUUCAUCCUCCUCUUCCUCUUCUGUUUUUGUCACAAGACGUGAGGUUAAUAACCCCUCUACCAUUUCAGGCCAUGCUUUAAUAGAAAUGAGCCUCGAAUCUUGCAAAUUAAUGAAUUCCGGUCCUCGAUAUCCGUUGUAGGGUUGGUCCGCAACCAGCCGUAACAAACAUGCCUGGAUGGUGCUCUGUGAAUGCUCUCAUACAUACGUAAUACUUCGGUUAAAAGCAUCCAGACCUAUUUAUGUCCAUGGUUGAAAGGGGUUUGUUGUACCAUGGACAUAAAUAGGUCUGGACCAAUUUUAAUUAACAGGGGGGUAUGUAUACUUCACACGUAAUACUUCUGUAAAAGCAUCCAGACCUAUUUAUGUCCAUGGUUGAAAAGGGUUUGAUGUACCAUGGACAUAAACAGGUCUGGAUCAUUCUAAAUAACAGGGGAGUAUGUAUACUUCAGACGUAAUACUCUACUUGAAAGCAUCCAGAUCUUUUUUUGUCCAUCGUUAAAAUGGAGCAUGUGUACUAAGAUGUGAUACAGUAUAUGCCUUAACCCAUUUUUAUACGAACUAUACGAUAUCACUAGAGGAGUAAAAUGAUUGCUCGUAAGUUUACACAUUAGCAACAAAUUUGACGUCAUUAUAAACAGUGGAAGUCAGAUGUCAUUGUACAGUGUUUUUCUUUAAACCAUGUCACUAAAAGACCUGAAGGUAUAGUUACUUAUCUCGAAGAGUUAUCCACCUGAAGACACUAAGACAGUGUAGAGCGAUGUUUUUAAGUUUUGAAUAAGUGUGCCUCGAAAUAGUUUAGAUAAAUGAGGAAUUGCGAUAGGAGAAAAACGGUGCGACAGAAAACGUAAAAGAGAGAGAGAAAAGGUUUAGGGAGCCUUGUUUCUUUUCCUUGCAGUCAUGCACGUACUUUUACAUGAUUAUAAAUUGGGCGCGCAAUUUCAAGAGUGUGACUGACAUUUCGUUUCCAUGGUUACGAAAAGGGCAUCACUUCUGUGCUGUUCUAAUGCCCCUAAAGUGAAAAAGAAUUGAGCUAUUUUAUAUCUGUACCAAAUUUAAUAAUCUAAUUUGUUACCAUAAACUAUCCCUUGAACCGUAAAUCUAUGACUGUUUCACAAAGACGUGAGUCCGUAUAGUUAUGUGAACUACGUCUAAUUAAUCAUCGCUAAAAUAUCUGUAAAGAAAUUGUGUGUGAGAUAUAUAUGCAGUAUAUAUAUAGUAUCGUCAUUCGAUAUAAUCUUAUUGUCUUCUUUUUCAUGUGAUCGCUUUGAGUAUGUAAUUGUGGUGACAUUGGUAGUUCCAUUUUUCCUAACAUAAAGAAUGGACUUUGAAUCUAAAAAUGCUUUUUCAAUAUCUGUUUAUGAAUUGUAUUACUUGGUCUGCUUGAUAAAAGUUCUUGUUAAGGAAAUUUUACAUUUUUGAAAAUUACUAGUUGAUUAUGUUUCAAUUUAAAAAAGGAGAAUGAAUCUUUCAGCCUAUGUCUUUCAGCCUUUUUUAGAUUUUAAAAAAGUCAUCUUCAUGGGGGACAAUGAGUAAUAUGUUUUAUUAAUGGUUGUAUUUAUCUUUAUUGUACAUAAGAUGUAUAAUUCUUUAUUUGGUGACCAUGUUUGAGACGAAAUUUGAAGCUAUCAAAAAGUAUUUUAUUUGUGAUUUCUUUUGUUUGUUGUGAAAUGUAUGUAUGAUAAAAUGUUGACUAUGUAAAUAGUAUUUGUACGUCAUGACUUACGUGUAAAAUAAAAUUCUAUGAGCAAUAAACGAGAAUGAAUUUAUUAUGAAA